AUGAUGGAGGUAAGAAAGUCUAUCUUACCUGAUGCCCUACUCUACUCUGCCUUACUUUACCCUACUCUACCCUACUUUACCCUACCCUACCCUACUCUGCCCUACUCCACUCCACUCUACCCUACCCUACUCUAUAUUCCCCUACCUUAAAAUAAUAUUAUUUUAGGUUCUACUAAACCCAGACAUAGACAAGCUGUUUUUAAAAUGGAAACAGCAAUUUGGUGGGAUUUUCACAUUCUGGAUCGGCCCCAUUCCUAUGGUUAUGGUAGCCGAUGUGUCAUUGCUCAAAAAGUAUUUUGUAAAGUACGGUGAUGUCUUCAGUGGACGGUGGCGGAAUUUUAUCACGGAUCACAUGCUUGGUAAGGGUGUUUUACCAUGGAACUUCAAAUUUCAAAGGAAUUUUUAAUGGAAGUUUAAAUUAAAAUUUUUUGUUACCUAAAAUUAAAAAUUUUUUUUUAUGAACGAUAGAUCGAUUCACAUUUCACAAACAUCAGUUUCAGACGGCUUUAACGGUGUAGUCCAAACGGACGGUGAAAAAUGGCGUGAACAGCGACGCUUCUCACUUCACGUUCUUCGUGACUUUGGCUUCGGCCGUUCCUUCAUGGAAAACAAAGUUAUGCGAGAAAUCGACCGGUUUUUGGAACAUUUGGACUUGGCAGUCGAUAAAGAUGAUGGUAUUAUCGAACCAGACAAACUAUUGGGUGUUUGUGUUGGCAAUAUUAUCAAUGACAUCUUGUUUAGCAAAACUUUUGAGCAUGUAAGUUAACUUUUGACGUUAUUAAAAAUUUUUGAAAAUUUUAAAUGUAAUUUUUUUAAUUAAAAGAUUUAAAAAAUUAAUUUUAAAAGUUUUUAAUGUAUAAUGUAAACCCAUUUUAUAAGUUAUUUAUUACCUAAAAGCGGCCGGAACAAACGUGACUCCGUGGCGCAACGGUAGCGCGUCUGACUCCAGAUCAGAAGGUUGCGUGUUCGAAUCACGUCGGGGUCAAAGUCGUUUUUUGAUAUUUUUGGUGUUUUAAAAGGGUAAAUUGAUUAUAAAAAGUAUUUUAAUUUUGAAAUUAUGGUUUUUUAAGUAAAUCACAGUAAUGGUUUUCAAUAUUUCUCAGUGUUAUAUUAUGAAAAUACGCGAAAAACUUUUUGAUUAAAAAAUUUUUGGUUUUUAAAAUUUAUUUUCAGACAGACGAAGUUUUUCUAGAAAUGCAACAUGUUUUGGAUCAACAAUCUCAACUUGUCACAAAACCUAUCAACGGCCUAUAUCUUACUCUACCUUUUACUGUACACAUACCAUAUAUCAAUUCAUCGUGGUUGAAAUUGACAAAAGUUCGAGACACUUUUUGGAGGUUUUUGGACGUUCAAAUUCAAGAACAUCGACAACGUUUCGACGAGCAUUUGGCACAAUGUAGAGAUAAAAUGGCACAAAAUGGGAACGGUUUGAAAAAAUGUGACAAAAGGCUUGGAAAGGGAGAUUCAGCAUUGUGUGAUGGCAAAAAUGGUGACAAAAGCGAUUCAGAUGAGGAUUUUGAGAUGAUUCCAUUAAUGGACCAUCGAUCAGAUAAUGAAAAAGUGCGAGGAAAUGAUGCAGAAACGACCGAAAAAAUAUCUUUACAAAAUGAUGACUAUUCAGAUGACCCAAAAGAGAAUGAUUUAGAUGACAAUAACGAUGUAAAGUACGAUUACCCAGACUCAGACUUCACCUAUGUUUAUAUGAAGGAAAUGCAUCAACGAAAGUUCUCCGACGAUCCGGGAUUCUUCACCGAUAUUCAGCUAAAAAUGCUUUUACUAGACCUAUUUUUCGCUGGUAGUGAAACUACCGUAACCACCGCCAAAUGGGGCCUAGUCCUACUCAUCAACCAUCCCGAAGUCCAGAAGAAAGUACAAGAAGAACUGGAUUUGGUACCAAAUCGAGUAGGUAUGGAGCAUCGAAAUCGUCUAAGUUACCUUCAAGCUACAAUUAGUGAAAUUCAACGCAUCGCCAAUAUAUUACCCAUCAAUCUACUUCGUACCGUAACCGAAGAUGUCAACAUUGAUGGGUACCAUUUUGAAAAAGGCACCAUGGUACUGCCACAAGUGUCGAUUUUGCUGAAUGAUCCGGAGCAUUUCGCAGAGCCGGAGCAUUUCAAGCCGGAGCGAUUCCUGGACGAGAAUCAGAAUCUGCGACGCUACGAUGCCUUCAUGCCCUUCUCGAUCGGCAAACGACAAUGUUUGGGCGAGAGUUUGGCUCGGAUGGAGUUGUUUUUGGUUUUUGCGAAUCUACUUCGAAAUUUUGAAUUUGAAAAAUGCCCGGGGGAAGAAGCACCGUCGAAGCGGCGGAUUCUUGGGCUCACGGUGUCUCCGCCGAAAUUUAAAUGUAAAGUUAGGAGACGGGCGUGA